AUUUGAUUGACAAAUUUAAGUGUGGAUUAAGGUUAUUGUUUAAGGUGAUUUUAACUGCAUAAGAGGCGGGAAUAUCCUAUAAAAGUCUCUAGAACGCCUGAAUGGGUUUGCUGGAAACUCUUCAUUGCCAUAUGGAAGUAAUGCAAAGACUUCCCCAAAAAAGUCGACCAUUGGCCAAGAAAAAUGUUAGAAGCAUCUGUUUCUUUGCUAAGUUCCGCGCAAUUUCUGACCAGCUAUACAGGUCACCUCACCUGAGUAUCACAAACAUGUCCGAAAGGAGGGACGAAGGUUGCUGGAGUUGGAACUUGCUAGAGCUAGAUGCGCGAUUCAGCGAGCGGCUACUGUUCAUUACCUUUCUCAGCUUUUGCAAAACGGUGACGUUUUGUCCGGUGAUAUCUAUCAUAACCCCAACGAGUUUUAUCAAUGGAAAAGGUGAAAACACAAGAAAAUUCAAUACUACUAAGAAAAUGUCUCAGGAUUAGCUUAGUAAGGGAGGUCUUUGUGGUAUACACUCAUAUUUGUCCUUGCUAGCAAGGUUUCAUAUUACGGUAAACUGUUUUUCUAUUAUCUUUAUAAGAUUUGUUGUGUUUAUAAAC